AUGAUCUUUAUUCCCAUUACCAUAUUAAUCUUUCUACUUUCCUUAGCAGCUUCAGACAAAUCACCCAAAAUUAAGAAGAACCCCAGAAAUGUUGUUGCCGUUGCUGAUUUCCCGUUUGGCGGCGAUACACAAGUGAAAGGAAACGCGGUGUUUAGUGCUAAAGAAGGUAAAUAUGUCAACGUUCAUAUUGAUAUGACUGGAUUGCCCAAAGACGAGGGACCAUUUUUCUACCAUAUCCAUGAACGGUCGGUUCCUGGAAACGGCAAUUGCGAAGCAGUUGGCUUGCAUUUCAACCCUUAUAAUGCUAGUCCGGUUUGUGAUGAGCAAAAAAACGAUGCCUAUUGUCAAGUGGGCGACUUGCUGGGGAAACAUGGUUGCAUCAACACAACUUGCUUUGAGUUAAAAUACAGCGACCCAUAUUUAUCGUUGAAUAAGAAAUCAAAGUCGUCUAUUAUUGGGAAAUCGUUGGUGUUCCAUUAUCCGAAUUUGACAAAAAUUGCUUGUGCGGAUAUUGAAGAGGCAAACGAGUUGAGACUACAAAGUUUGAUUGAAGAAUACACCCAAACCGACGACACCAUUCAAUUAAAAGAGCUAAAUACUCCGCUAGAAAAUGAUUACACAUUUGAUGAGGUAGAAGCGUUGUCAUCAGAGGUAUACCAUUCUGAUACCGACCCAGACCCACCUCAACAACAAGAAUUAGUUCUGACUGAAAAAUUAUAUAACAAAACUGACAACGUCUAUACCCCAGAAGAACCUAAAUCUAGCGACCAAAACAAAAAGAGUCAUCGACACUCCUUGCUACCCUUGGCCAAAUGGAAAAAAAAUAGUCCCAAAAAUUACUCCAACAUUUCUCUUCACGGAAUCUCGAGCGAUUGUCUCAAUGAUGGUAUGAUGGUCACCAGUUCAAUAUUUGGUUCUCUUGUAUUGGGAAUAGCUGCAGGAAUGUUUGUCUAG